UGCUGCAGACAAAGCCCCACGUCAGGAAUGGCGCCGCACAACCGAUCUUCCUCGGGGAGCACGAAGUCUGUCUCACCAUCACAAGGAUCUUCCUCCGUGCGAACGGAAUACACGACGAGCACACCCGGCGUGGCGCGACACCUUCCAUCGCGCGCAUCGCAGUCCGAAAUCCUCGGUUCCCCGCACUCUUCGAUGAACCCCACCACCGCUGUGUCUCCCACCAUGGGCAGCCUCGCCUCGCCCGGCCACGAUCACAGCACGAACGGCCUCGGCGUCAACACUGGCGGUCCCCCGUUGGGCGAAACCCAGCAGCUACAGCAUCUGUCCUCGGCCGACGGACACAUCGUACGACCCGAGAUUCACGCUCGCGUCGACAAGGGAUUCUUCCUCUCGGACCGUGAUUGGACGUGCUACCGACGAAACUACUUUUCGGUGAUCUGUAGCUACUCGCUUCUUCCCGCGUCGCUCUCGCUUCCAUUGUAUCUGCGCAGGACACCCAGCUCGCAACGCGAGCACAUCCUCUCCUUCGCCAUGUGCAUCUCGGCAGUCGUCGACGCGCCCGGCGGCAAGACGGUUGAGCUCGUGCAACACACGCCGAAACGCGAUAAGGGCCCCCAACACAAGCCCGCCAAGGUCAAGCUGAGCCCGCAGCCCGCAGGAGGAAUGUACGCCGGCACGAGUGCGAGUCCGUCGAUCCAGCAACAAGGACACGCCUUGCAGCAAGGCUUGGACCAUGACUACACGUUUCCGCAGCAGACGCAGCAGCAGCAGCAGCACCAACACAUCGCGGUCUUCGAUCGUAUUCAGUUUAAGUCGGCGACCGCCAACAACGGCAAGCGUCGCGCUGCGCAGCAGUACUACCAUCUCAUCGUCGAGCUCUACGCAGAUGUGGGCAGUCCGGCUUCAUCCGCGCCCGGCCAGCCCGACGCAACGGGCGGUGACGGAGGUUGGGUCAAGAUCGCGCAGAGGAUAUCGGCUCCCAUGGUCGUGCGCGGCCGUAGUCCCGGCCACUACGCGGAUGAGCGACGUCAGAGCAGUACGUCGAGCCCGGGAGGAGGCAGCACCGGCGGAAAUCCACAGGGCGGCCCCCACGCCCCCUCGCACACCUCGGCCGGUUCCGGAUACAUGGGAACGGACGGACUGUCGUCUGCUGGUCCUGGCGGUUCGAAUCAGGGCAUGAGUAAUUUGCAGCACGUCGCUUCGCCUCCGACAUCAUCGGUGAACCACCAUUCGACCCCGUCCAUCGCUAGCGCUUCGCCAGCCUCGCAUUACACACCGAUCGAUCCCAACCUCGGCGAUGCCUCUCCACAGAUCUCGGGUACCUUUGACAACUACACGUACGUUCCGUCGACACUGUAUCAGUCGGCACAUCUCCCCCCGCCACCGAGCGUCGACAGCGGUUACGAGACCCACACGUCGUACAACGGCGAUCGCAAGAGCGAACACCCCCUCGACACCUCGUGUCCGCAGUACGAGAAUGAGAUAUCGGCGUAUAUUCCAUCGUCGGUUGCGAACGCCGAAUCGUAUCGCAACAAGACCAUUGUCAAGGAGGAAUUUUCCCCAGCGGGUGCGGUUCCCUGGCACGGAAGUGGCGCUAUCGCCGGACGCGAUCAGCGCUUCAGUCACAGCAAUAACCUGUUUACGAAGUGCGGAACCUUUGAGACGGCGGAGACGUCCAAGGGCUACUACCCCGACAUUCCUCCGCUGUGAUGCGCAUCCCGGCAGUUUUCAGUGUGUGUGUGGGGUUAGGUGUGUGCGUAAGGCGU